AUGAUCGCCAUGGGAACGGAGCUUCAUGCGCAGGCAUACUUUGAGUAUGAUGCCAAGAAGAGCGGCGGCGUCACCAUCAGCCACCUUAGGUUUGGACCGAAACCAAUUCAUGCUCCAUACAACGUUCGUGCUGCUGACUAUAUGGCCAUUCACAAGCCAAGCUACGUUCACAACUAUGACAUGACACGUUACUUGAAACAGAACGCGGUGUGCGUCAUCAAUUGCUCUUGGGAUGUAAGUGACUUGGAGAAGCAGCUGCCAGCCAAAAUGCGCCGGGAUUUGGCAGAGAAAAAGGCAAAGCUGUACAUUAUUGAUGCCACCAAGAUUGCCGUGAAGGCUGGACUUGGCAAGCGCAUCAACAUGAUCAUGCAGACCGUCUUCUUCAAACUCAGUGCGGUAAUGCCCUACGAAGAGGCAGUCGAGAUGCUGAAGAAGAGCAUCAAGAAGAUGUACGGCAAGAAGGGUGACAAAGUGGUCAAGAUGAACAUCGACGGUGUUGAUGCAUCCAUUGAGGGCAUUGUAGAAUGUGAAGUUCCAGCAGCUUGGGCAUCCUUGGCAAUUGGCAAGGAGGCCUCGGAUUCGAAGGGCAACAAAGUGGCCUAUGGCAAGGGGCCACGCAUGUUCCCGGAAGUGCAGAAUGCCUCGCAGUUUGCCAACCAGGUUCAAGCACCUUGCAACAACCUGGAUGGCAACUCCUUGCCAGUAAGUGCUUUUGUGCCUGGUGGAAGAGUCCCGUGCGGUACCAGUCAAUACGAGAAGCGUGGUAUUGCUAUCCAGGUGCCCAAGGUGGAUAUGGACAAGUGCACACAGUGUAACAAGUGCAGUUUGAUUUGCCCUCAUGCUGCAGUUCGACCAUUCCUGAUGACUACCCAAGAGCUUGGAAAGGCACCUGCGACGUUCAAGGAAGGCAGUCGUGCAGCAAUUGGAGGAGGUGUUUUGGACAACUACCAGUAUCGCAUUCAAGUUUCCCCAUGGGAUUGCACCGGUUGUGAGCUGUGCGUGCGCAUUUGCCCUGCUGAUGCACUGACUUUGGGUCCGGCCGAGAAGGUGAUUGAGGAAGAGGAGGCCAACUGGAAUUUUGCUGUUUCGCUUCCAGAUCGUGGCGAUGAGAUUGACAAGACCACUGUGAAGGGUUCUCAGUUCCAAAAGCCGUACCUGGAGUUCAGUGGAGCUUGCGAAGGAUGUGGCGAGACGCCUCAUGUGAAGCUCAUGACCCAGCUCUUUGGUGAUCGACUGGUGAUUGCCAAUGCCACAGGCUGCUCCUCCAUUUGGGGUGGUUCCAACCCGUCCUUUCCCUACACGACAAACAGCAAGGGAGAAGGUCCGGCUUGGGCCAAUUCUUUGUUUGAAGACAAUGCCGAGUUUGGCUUCGGUAUGCGCAAGGCUUUCAAGCAGCGCCGCGACUACCUUGCAAUGCAAGUGGAGGUCAGAUAA